AUGGAUGGAAUUUACUUAGAGGUUCUGGAAAUUGUUGCAAAAGAGUCUAAACAGUAUCAUGAAGUCACUGAGUUUGUUAAAGAAACUGCCUCACAUUUCCACCAAGAGCUACCUGGAUCUCAGAUCUCCUUUCACAUACCUUGGUCUCCACACUGCAAGAACGAACGAUGUUAUGACUUUUUAGCAAUUUCAAAAGCCUGUGACAUUUUAUUUGUGGCAUCCUACGACGUUCCAAAUGACCUGCGGGAUGGUUGUGUUGCAAGAUCAAGUGCUCCCUAUCACCGGGUUUUAUCAGGAAUGUUGGAUUAUAUCAAACUGGGCAUUGACUCCAGAAAGCUGGUGAUGGGCGUUGCUUGGUACGGUUAUGACUACACCUGCAAGCACCUUCUUGGGGUAAGAUCAAGACAGAUCCCAUACAAAGACAUCAUGCAGCUUCUGCCGAGAUCACUCACUGGCAGGUUCUGGGACGAUGAUCGGAAAGCCCCAUAUUUUGACUACUUGGUUGGUAACACGUACCACGAGGUCUGGUACGAUGAUCCCGAGAGCAUUUCUAUGAAGGUGUCUAUCAUGAUGAAACUGAACCUCCGUGGUAUCGGCGUGUGGGCUGCAAACAACAUCCACUACGCUGGUGAUAUCAGAGCAAGAAUGCAGGCUGCGGAGAUGUGGAACGCCGUGUGUCGUCCCUGGUGGAAUUACCAAGUGUGA